AUGACGAUGCGGCGCAGCCGCUCCCGGCCGUCUGCGGCCGCCGCCCUGAGCGCAUUGGCCCUGCUGGGCCUGCCGCUGCUGGCGAAUGCCGUCACCGUCUCAGCCAAGGUCGGCAUCGUGGGCGCGGGCAUUGCUGGCAUUCGCGCCGCCAGCAUCCUGGAGGCGGCGGGUGUUGAUUACGUUGUGCUGGAGGCCAGCGACAGGGUGGGCGGCCGCAUGCGCCAGGCGGAGAUCCAGCCGUAUGGGGGCGCCAACCUGGGAUCUAACAAGGAGUUUAUCGAGCUGGGAGCCAACUGGAUCCAGGGCCUGAGGGGAAACCCUGUCUUCGAGCUGGCCGUCACCUGCGGCCUCAACAGCACCGCCCAGAACUGGGACUCGGUCACAACCUUCAAUGAGUUGGGGCAGCCCCUGCCUGACGACCAGAUCCCCUGGGACCAGUUCGACACCGCCGUGGAGUGCGCGGCGUCCACAAUCAAGCAGCAGCUGGAUAGCAAUGCUUAUGGCGACAUCGACGUGCGCGCGGCCUACCGCGUCUGCGGCUGGAAUCCCGUCAAGCCCAUUGAUUAUGCUGUUGAGUGGUGGUCUGUCAACUUUGAGUGGGCCGAGACCGCCGAGAUGGUAUCAUCGCGCUACACCCAGCCCGCCAAUGCCUACACGGAUUUUGAGGACGCUGACCUCUUCGCCCAUCAGCAGACAGAGGGCGGCAUCGCCAAGCUUGUCACCUGCCUGGCGAACAGGUCAAACAUCAACACCAACAGGCGCAUCAAAUUCAACACCAAGGUGCUUUCCUUCAACGUUAACAACAAAGACAAGGUCGUGGUAAAGACCAACACGAGCACCGACUACAAAUUCGACUACGUCAUCAGCACGCUGCCCAUCGGCCACCUGCAGCGCAACCUCGACACGCUGUUCCCGGCCUCGUACUGGCCGCCGGCCAAGCGCGCCGCGCUCAUGCAGUUCCGCAUGGCCACAUACACCAAGAUUUUCCUCAAAUUUGAGAGCACCUUCUGGGACCCGGCCGUCCAAUUCAUCUUGCAGGCACCCAACAACGGUGCCAGCAACAUGGUCCUCUGGCAGAGCCUGUCCCCCAACACUGGCGGGUUCAUCCCAGGCUCCAACAUUUUGAUGAUGACGCUCACCGACGUGAUGUCGGCCUCCAUGGAGUCGCUGCCUGACGAGGUCAUCCUGAGGACCCUGGUCCAGCGCCUGCAGCAGAUCUACCCCCAGGCCAACACCACGUCGCCCUACAGGCUCAUCGGCUACGUCAUCCCCCGCUGGUACACCAACGAGCUGUUUGGCGGCAGCUACACCAACUGGCCGGCCGGCAUGUCGCGGGAGGAAUACGAGCUGUGGCGUGCCCCGGUGGGCAGUGACGGCAACCUUUCCAAGCCCGGAAAGAUCCUGUUUUCUGGCGAAGCGGCCUGCAGGCGCAUCAACGGCUACAUGCCCAGUGGUUACGCUGCCGGCGAGAGGAGCGCCAAGCAGGUGCUGCAGGCUAUUGGCAAGUCCGGCUUUGGCGACCCCGACCAGAACAUCUGCGAGCGCCAACUCACCCUCAACGGAAAGCCAACGGGCACCCGGGGCCGUGGCUGCGGUCGUGGCCGCAGGCGCCGCCCUUAA